AUGACGGGUGUAGAACUUAUAUUUUCUACGCUGUGCAAUGCCAGCUUCUGCGAAAAUGAUUUUGGCAGUUCACUGGCCGAUACACAGUUAAGCCAACGGCAAAAUGAAAUUCUGGAAAUGAAAAACGCCAUCAAUGGAAAACACCUAAAAAUUGGGACGUACAAUAACUACCCGUUAAGUUGGACAGAAGGGUCUGAAAAUGGUACAAUUUACGGUUGUGGCGUCGCAUUCGUUCUCGUCAACAUUUUACGUAAAAAGUUCAACUUCACCUUUGAGGUGGUAGUGCCUGAACAGAACAUUGAGUAUGGAGGUCUUCGACCUGAUGAGUCUCUUAUCGGGCUGGUUAAUAACAGCAAGGUAGAUAUGGCCGCAGCGUUCCUACCGGUCCUCGUGAGAUACAACAAGUUGGUGAGUUACUCGAACGACCUGGAUGAGGGGGUGUGGAUGAUGAUGUUAAAACGCCCUAAGGAAUCAGCUGCUGGCUCAGGACUAUUGGCACCAUUCGCCACUUAUGUUUGGUACUUAAUACUAGCAGCAGUCCUUAUCUACGGGCCAUGUAUAUACUUCCUAACGUGGAUCCGCUCGAAACUUAUCAGAGACAAUGAGCGUACGAUUCCUCUUUCACCGAGUGUCUGGUUUGUGUACGGGGCCUUCAUUAAACAAGGAACUACUCUCGCUCCGGAGGCUAAUACAACCCGGGUCCUCUUUGCAACUUGGUGGCUCUUUGUUAUACUGCUGUCUGCAUUCUACACGGCGAACCUGACAGCGUUUCUCACUCUGUCCAAGUUUACGCUGGACAUCGAGAAUCCAGAGGACUUGUACAAGAAGAACUAUCGCUGGGUCGCUUCUGAAGGUGGUGCUGUGCAGUAUACCAUAAAAAAUCCCGAUGAGGACCUCUACUAUCUAAACAGAAUGCUAUUAAACGGCCGAGCACAAUUCCGUUCACUGGCCUACGACCAUGAAUUCCUGCCUAUGGUGACCGGGGGAGCAGUUUUAGUGAAAGAACAGACCGCUAUAGACAACCUGAUGUACGAUGAUUACUUGCGGAAGGCUAGGGAGGGGGUCGAGGAAGCGGAAAGAUGCACUUAUGUCGUCGCUCCCAACGCCUUCAUGAAGAAACGUCGCGCCUUCGCGUAUCCUAAGAACAGCACGCUGAAGAUAUUGUUCGAUACUGUCCUCUCUUAUCUCAUACAGUCGGGUAUAGUAAAGUUCCUAGAACACCGAGACCUACCAAGCACAAAGAUCUGCCCACUCGACUUACAAUCAAAGGACCGCCAACUCCGGAACACCGAUCUCUUGAUGACUUAUUUCAUAAUGAUCACCGGAUUAGCGGCAGCCUUGGCUGUUUUUAUUGGAGAAGUUAUCAUUAAGCGUUACAUAAAAGUUGAAGUAAAGGUUGAAGGCAAAGGAAAGAAACUGAAAAGACACAAGAACAAGAGCGUCAAACCAGAAAGAUACGACAAUAGUCGUCCACCACCUUACGAUUCUUUAUUCGGAUAUCAUCGAUACAAAUUCAACGAGGAUUCCAAAAAGGAGAUUAUAAACGGCAGAGAGUACUAUGUGGUAAACACAGUGGCCGGAGAUGUCAGAUUGAUACCUGUCCGGACCCCAUCUGCUUUUCUCUAUAGUUAA